CCGCCGCCUCCUUCCUCUUUGUCGGAGAUUCCACACCGAAAUCUCCAGAUUUGAUUUUGAAAACUGCUCCCCGCAACCUAAUGGCGACAGACGCCGCCACAACCACAUCCAACGACCUCCGCCCAAUCCCACAACCACCAGACUUCCACCCCGCAAUCAUCGUCCCAUCUCACCCCAACAACGCACUCAAAUUCCACCAACUCAUGAUCGCCGGUUCCAUCGCCGGCUCCGUCGAACACAUGGCUAUGUUCCCCGUCGACACAAUCAAGACCCACAUGCAAGCCAUCCGCCCCUGCCCCAUCAAACCCGUCGGCAUCUCCCAAGCCUUCCGCUCAAUCAUCAAAACCUCCGGCCCAUCUGCCCUCUACCGAGGCAUAUGGGCCAUGGGCCUCGGCGCAGGCCCAGCCCACGCCGUCUACUUCUCGUUCUACGAAGUCUCGAAAAAGUACUUUUCCGGCGGGAACCCGAACAACUCCGCGGCGCACGCGUUUUCCGGCGUGUGCGCCACGGUGGCGAGCGACGCGGUUUUUACGCCGAUGGAUAUGGUGAAGCAGAGGCUGCAGAUUGGGAACGGGACUUAUAGAGGGGUUUGGGACUGUGUUGGGAGGGUGGUGAGGGAGGAAGGGUUUGGUGCUUUCUACGCUUCUUAUAGGACGACUGUGCUUAUGAACGCGCCGUUUACGGCGGUUCAUUUCGCGACGUAUGAGGCGGUUAAGAGGGGGUUGAGGGAGGUUUCUCCGGAGCUUGGUGGAGAGGAGGAGGAAGGGUGGUUGAUUUAUGCGACGGCGGGUGCGGCGGCUGGUGGUUUGGCAGCUGUUGUAACUACCCCGCUUGAUGUUGUUAAGACACAGUUGCAGUGUCAGGGUGUAUGUGGCUGUGACCGGUUCAAGAGCGGUUCAAUAAGCGAUGUGUUCCGUACAAUAGUGAAGAAAGAUGGUUAUAGAGGACUUGCUAGAGGGUGGCUACCGAGAAUGCUAUUCCACGCUCCAGCAGCUGCGAUCUGCUGGUCUACUUAUGAGACAGUCAAAUCAUUCUUUCAAGAUGCCAAUGGCGAGUCAACCACAGGUUAAAGAAGAUAGAAACAUGAGUUUUGGCUUAUAUUUUGCUUGCCUGAUUCAGGUAAUCUGAUUCUUCAUAGAGCUAGCUGUUUGUUGUUAGUGGUCAAACACACUCGCUCUUUGGAGGGAUAUAUGUUUGUAUACUGAUCUGUUUUUACGCAAUAAUGUUAUCAGAUUAGAGUCCCCACCCCCUUAAGGCCUUGUUUUCUGAUUUGCUUUUUCAGAUUAGAGAGAUCUUUGUUUUUAUUUUUUAUUUGUUUUUUAAUGAGAUAUACUAAAAGGAAUAGAUAAAGAUUCAAAUUUUG